AUGUCAUUAUCACUUCCAGAGUUACAGGAUCCUCAUUUAGAAUCGAAUUUCAUAGAAGAUGUCAUAUCAGAACAAGAAGUACUGGAUAGAAGCUCAUCCCAGGUCAAUAUCCCUCUGGAGUCGUCUUUGCCUAACGUUCAUUUGACUUAUGGUGUCGGGCCGGUCCCAUUAGAUGACGGCAAGGUGUUCUUUUUUGAUAUUGACAAUUGCCUUUACAAACGAUCUAGCAAGAUUCAUGAUCUGAUGCAGAUUUACAUACAUCGCUACUUCAAGGACACUUUACAGAUUAAUGAUAAAGAAGCAUGGGACUUACAUCACAAGUACUACCAGCAAUAUGGACUGAGUAUGGAGGGGCUAGUUCGUCACAACAAUAUUGAUGCCAUGGAAUACAAUAGCAAAGUUGAUGAUUCGCUUCCAUUGGAGAAGAUUUUGCGACCCAAUAGACGUUUACGAGAAAUGAUUUUACGCUUGAAGAAAAGUGGCAAAGUCGACAGACUUUGGUUGUUUACUAAUGCCUACAAGAAUCAUGCAUUACGAGUUAUUUAUCUAUUGGGUUUGGGUGAUUUAUUUGACGGUCUAACGUAUUGUGAAUAUGAUAAGAUCCCCAUUCUGUGCAAACCAAUGAAACCAAUAUUCGACAAAGCGUUACUAGCGGCCGGUUGCAAGUCUACUAAGAAUGCGUAUUUUGUUGAUGAUAGUGCUCUCAAUGUCAAGGCUGCCCGAGAGUUAGGGUUUGCAAAAGUGAUUCACUACGUUGAAACCGAUGAUGACAUGGAAAAAUUAGACGAGACGCAUAAGGCAAAUACUGUCAUCAUCAGAGACAUCUUAGAGUUGGAAAAAGUUUGUUCUGAGUUGUUUUAA